AUGUCGAUCCCCAUUCAAGAGUUUCGAACAGUACCAAUCAGAGAUGACUUGAGACAGAAGAGAGAAAAUGGUGAUGUGAUUUUGGAUGCCGACGGUAAAAAGUUUACCGCGCAUUCUGUCAUUCUAGCGUCGCAGUCAGCCAUUUUAGCUAAUCAUAUCGAGAGGCAGUUCGAACAACAGAGAAAAGCAAAAGUGAAAUCGAAUGGUCGAAUCGAGCUAAAAACCAAACUCGCUGCUCAAACUAUGAGAAUUCUCUUGCAGCUUUUGUACCAUGAGCAAGUCUCCGCCCCACUUGAGACUAUUUUUGAUGUUCUUCUCGCAGCCGACAAAUACCGAAUCCUUCACAUUGUCGAUUGCACAGCUGCGACGCUCUCCGAGAACAUCACCCUUCCGGUCGCCGUCAGCGUCAUGAAUAUAAGUGACGCCGUUACGGGCGCGUCGACAGAUUCUGAAGAUGCUGAAAAGACUGUAAAGACCCGAAACAAUAGUUUGACGGAUUUGGUUUGCACUGCUUUGGAUUGUAUCUGCCUCCCAUCGAAUUAUUACGAGCUAACGGACGAGUCCAAGCCUGGAAACCCUCUCAACAGACACAUCCAGCUUCUUUCAUACGAUGCUGUCAAGAUGAUUGUGGAACGACAAGUUAUGGCUGAAAAUAAGGCAGAAUUCGUUCACGCUAGCUGCAAAUUCGUCAACAUCUGGGCCAGCCCCAUUCCAUCGGAGGAACGACUUCUAUUCAUUACAGAGUUGCUGAAAGUGAUGGACAUACAGUCACUGAACGCGAUGCAAAUGGCAAAUGUCAUUCGGCUUGAAGCUUUUAUGGACAAUCAUCAAACCCAAGGAUACCUUAUGAAGACGAUCACCAAACUCUUGGUCCAGCUUGAGGUCACAAAGCUCCACCACGAUUUCAAAUACGUAAAUGCUGACAUGUACAAGGAGAAUCUCGCCAAAGCUAGAGUUCCAAGUUCACGAGCACAAAGUGUUAAAGGGGCACAUCACAAAAGUGGGUACUGGGAUUAUGAGCCGGCAAAAAUGAGCGCGACAGCUCGAUCAAUGCCCGGUCUUGUUGACGACUACACGAUGGCACCUCAUCCAGCAGCUCGCUCACAUCGAUCCCAAUCUCGAAACCAGUCACGUUCCCAUCAUUCCACCCGCCACGAGAGUCCUGAUCGAGAAUCGCUCAUGUCUCACAACACGAUGAGAACCGUCGACUCCAGAAGAUCCCACGCAUCCAAAAAAUCAACGAGUAGAAGGUCAAAAUCCCGACAUCACUCUCCCGAACGAGCUUCCGGCGGCAGCUACAAAACGCUCCCAUCCGAACUGAGCCGAGCAAUGAGCCAGACGCAUUCUUCAAAAGUAUAG